AGCACAUCCCCCACACUUGAGAUAUGCCUGUCAUUGGCUUAAGCCCAAGCCAUUCACAUGAGGUCGACAGAGUGUGCUUCAUUUAGUCUCGCGUCUCAAUGUGCAAUGAGACAUGCGAGACAGAGGUUCACCACUGAUUCAUAAGUUGAAGACCCUGAGCACGAUACAGGAUCCAAAAUGGAUGGGUUGAUGUCAGGUUGGUCAAUUGGCCAUGGGGAGCUGGAGCAUACCCCAGGUGACGUCAGGCGAAAGGCAGACUUCACAUUGAGUGGUCCCCAGUCACUCAUCGGACACAUACAGGAAGAAAUCCAAUCACACUCACAUUCACCCCAUCACUGAGUGCGAAUUGAACCCAGGCGCCCUGCACCGGUAAUCUAGCAGCAAUUGUCCAUUUUAAGCAACAUCAUAGAAUUUUAGAUACCUGUUUUAGGUUAAAGGUGUGUUGAAAGGCUGCAUAGUAGUUUGAAUUUCUAGCAACCCUCUCUAUGCUGUUGUUGAACAGUUUUUUGUUUUUAAAAAAAAAAAAAAGCACUCAAACAAAUGAAAUAACAGAUUUUAGAAACUACUAAAUGAUAAGUAAAAACUGCGCAAUGUUAAACUAGGUCUUUCAAAGUUAAAGUGUUAACUAAUGAUUAAUCACACCCAAAAAAAAAAUCUGUGGAUUUUUCAUGUUUUAACUCAGAUUAAUAACAAUUAAUAAUUUAUCAUACAAUAAUUAAUAAUAAUUUAUUUUGCCCACACACGCUCCUUUGCCUUUAAUGGAUGGUAAUUUGCAUAAAGUGCAGCGCUGAACUCUCUAUUCAUCAAAGCACAAUAAAUUUCAAAUACCAUCUCAAAGCAAAAUGUGGUAGUAUGUGUGGUAUAUUUAAAUCAAAAUUCAUUUGAUUUAAAAAAAAAUCUUAAUUGACAGACCUAAUUAAAACAUUGCUUAAGUGUAAAAAAGUAUGACAAAAAUACAAAAGGAUCAAGCAAAAGGUAUCAAAUAAGAGUAAAACAGAAUCGAAUACUUUAAAGAAUGAAUUUUGUUGUGUGUGUAUACAAUUGUUGAAUUCAAAAUAUUUUAUUUCCAAACAAAUCCCUCAAAAUGUAUCACUUUUUCUACUAAUUACAGUACUGUGCUUGGCAUCGCAUUUUCUUCUUCUUUUUUUUUUAACAAAAUCCUUGUAAAUUUAAAUCAUAAACUAAUGACAAUAUCAAUCCACUUAGCAAUAUAACAAAUAGUUUUUGUGUAUUUCCUUGAUAAAUUUCUCACGUAGUUGCUUUUAUCUCGGCAAGCAAACCUGUAGUCUUUUUCAGUGUUGGCCACUCCCUGUGAUUAUUGUGGCAUGUAUUCGUUACACCCACCUCCCGCAUCGCUUCCAUCUCAAUAUGGCUGCAAGGACUUGCUUUUGACAGUGUCAUGAGGACAGACCACCUUCUCUCGUCCACACAAGUGAGUGUCUUUGUUUUUCCAUUUUUCAUCACAGCAUCGUUUAUCUAUUGGGGGAAAAAGAACAAUUUUUGGAUUCAGUCAUUUUAGAAUGAAAUGCAGAAGCCAAUAAUUCUACUUAAAUAUCUAGUUUCUCUACUUCUAUUUAUUUUUUUUUAGAACAAAAUCAUUUGUGUCUGUAUAAACAGUUUUUAACAUUUAUACAAGAAAUAUUGCAAGAACUAAAUACGUCUGUCAACUACAUCGAUGUAAAAGUGAUUUUUACCUCCAUAAUAAUAAUAAUAGAUAACUGUUGGGUUACACAUCACAUGACACAGUGAUAAAUCUGAUUUUAGAAAUCCAUAAUGGCAGUAUUAAAAUGUAUAGGUCGAUUGGGAUUAAUUUUAGAAAGGAUUAAAGGAUGAAGCGCUUUCCUGAACUGUCAUCUACUUCUCUGUAGUGGGACAUGAAAGUUUGGUGUCAUAAUCCUUUAUGAUUGGAAACAAAGGCACACUGUAUAAUAAUGAGCUUCUCGAAACAUAUCUUUUUGAAUGUGAAAUGAAGAUUACGCUCGUUGCGUUCUCUCAAGUGUCACUUUGUCAACCCUGCAUUGUCCCAGUGGUCUUCAUUAAAGUUAAUGGUAAGUCAGCUGAAACAUCCACAUUGCUCCCCACGUCAUCAUUGGCGCCGCAAUGAAAACAAUUCCGUCAUGCAUCUCCUGUGCAACACACUUCACUGCAUGGAUUGCUGUGAGAGGGGCAAACAACUGCGAGGAUUCAAAUUCCGGAAUUUCAUCAUCUUACCAAAAAAGGAAAUAUAAUCAUUCUUGACAUGACGUACAAUUCUUAACAUACUGCAUUACAGCAUCAUUUUCACAGUUUGUUAUUUUUCUAUUCUACGCCGCCCUUUUGGAUUAGGUUUUGCCAUAGUUUUGUCCUAAUUUUCUUUUGUGGACGUUUGCCCUUCCUGAAUCCAACCCACCCUAUUUAUCUGGUUUUGGGAUUGCAUCAGCAACAGUUUUGACCUAAGACUACAAUAUUUGACCCUGGCGCUUCCAGGGAAAAAUACCAUGUAAAUCUAGAUAAAAUAUACAGUAAUUAAACAACUCAUAGUGUGAGGCUUUUGGCAAAAAAGAUUCAUUAAGAUAUGAAUCACAGUCUCCCCUUCAGUUUUCCAGAACCAGAACACGAGGGAAAUCAUAAUCAUUCUUUCUUUCCUCCCUCCUUUUCAUCCAUUCCAUGUUCCUCUUCGUUUCCUUUUUUUUUUCUAUCCGUUCUUUCCUCCUCCCCCUUCCUUCUACUUUUCUCACUCCCUCUUGUGCAUCUUCCCUCCUCUAUGUUCUUUCUUUCCUUCAUCUUCCCUCUCUGUUCUUUCUUUCCUUCAUUCCUCCUUUUUUUCUAUGGCUCCUGCCUCCCUUCGUGCGAGGCACAUUUCAUAUGCCAGCAGAAAGGUGUAAUGUUAUGUAUGCCAUCAGAUGCAUCGCGCUAGCAGAGACGUCGUUUUUGGGGAAAGUCAGAAUAGGCAGGAUUCCAAUGUCCAGUGGUUUCACAGGCAACUAAAAUAAGACAAAAGAGUGGUCUUUUCUGAAGAAAGGUGUUUUUAGAUCUUCUGCGGACUGACGCAAAAAAACACCCCAAAAACGACUACAAUUCAUUCUAUGUAUAUGGUAAAGUAAUGUGAACAUUCUUAAACAUGCUUAUUGUUAUUAUUUUAGUUUUUGAAAAUUCCAUAAAACAGAGCAUUCUCGUAAAAGGUUCAUGGCCCACCACCGGGUCAUAAGUUUGGAAGUUCCCUUGAUCACAGAUCCAAUGCAGUUCAUCCAUUAGCUAACACAUAGACAGGAAAAAAAAAAUCAUUACAAAUAUUAAAAUUUAAUCGGACCACGCUUACAGUGUGAGAAGAAACCAAGAGACGGAGUUAAACUUAAAAUAUAAAAAAGCACCUCAAUGCAAGUGCAGUAGUUCCUCGUUUAUUGCGGGGGGUUGCGUACCAUAAGCCCCCAUGCUUGACACAAAUCUGCAAAUGAGCGACCACAUAUUUAUCUUAUUUAUAUACAUUCUAAAGCUUGAUACGGAAUACCAAUACAACAUAUGAAUGUGAGGCGCAGGUACUAUUUUUGUCCACUUUGGGUCACCAUCCUCGCAUUCUACACCGUAGUAUCUGUGACAUUGAAUGUGCGUUGCCUUAAAAGGUAGGGCCUGGCCUGUUGAGUGAUGUCAGAGUAAGCCAAUGAGAGCCUAGAGUUGGCCGUGUUUUCUUACCAUUUGUUCAAUGAAGCGUUGACAGUGCACUGGCUGCCAGUGUCUAUCCUUGACCACCUGUGGAGGGAUUCAAAUUUGUUCUAACAAGCAGUGGCAGGCUAUAUUAAAGACAUACUGUACUUUUUUCAUGGUGAUUUGUUUUCUUUGCAACAGUGAAAAGUUCAUAUUUUUGUUGUAAGAAAUUUGAAAAUAUGGUGAAUUUCCAUGCACAUUUCCUAACUUUAAAAAGUAUUUUAAAGCACACUGGGUGGCUGCCAUAUUUGUCGGACACUUGACUGGAUAACCCAGAACAUGAUGCCACAUAUGGACGAAACAGCACAAUUAGCAUUGAUAAUGCCGACGCAAAUGCUUCUAUCGUUGAUCCUGAAAGAAUUAGGCUGCAUCGUUUCGAACCAACACGACCGAAGAGUAAUUUCGCACUGAUAAUUUGCCGAUCCAAUCAUGACAUUAUUGAUUGGAUUCACAAAUUUACACAUCACAGCUGCCACAAUCUUGUUUACUGCAGGGAUGUUCCGCGCUGCCGCUGCGUAUGUUUGAUUCCGAAAGCUACUUUAUUUUUUAGCCUUGCCGCGAGUCUUUUGACGUACUUGCUACACGAUGGCGAAUAUCUAUUUUUAGUUAAGGCGACAAAUGUAAUGAGGCACCUGUAUACACAAGGAUGAGCAUGCCGAGUUGAAGACGUUCAGCGUGGAAAAACAAAAGCGAACAACAAAAUGGCCGCUAAAGCAAACAGUGAGAAGUCAACACGGAAGCCACGCUAGCUUCAUGGUGUGUUGGAUAAACAUUCUCCCUUUCUCUCUCGUAGAUCUGCCGCCUUGCCGUGGCCCCACCUCUCCAGCGGUGGCUCCUUUUCCGCUUUAUGGUUGAACAAGAAGAUGGACAACAGAAGCUUUGAAGGCGCCGCUAACACAACACUGGACUCCUGCAGCAGCAUAUUGAGGAACCAGGCGUUUCGUUUUGUCCUGUACGGCUUCUUCUUUGCUGGAAUCAUCUGCACAGUGGUGGGCAACUUCCUGGUGGUCUUGUCGAUUUCCUACUUUAAACAGCUGCAGUCGCCCACAAACUCCUUCCUCAUGUCCCUAGCUGUGGCCGACUGCCUCGUGGGUCUGGUCGUAAUGCCUUACAGUAUGAUCCGGACAGUGGAAGGGUGCUGGUACUUUGGCUCCCUCUUUUGUCAGCUUCACUCCAGCUUAGAUGUCAUGCUUUGUACUGCUUCCAUAUUACAUCUGAGUUGCAUCGCCUUUGACCGCUACUAUGCUGUCUGCAACCCGCUCGUUUAUUCUUUAAAAAUGUCCCAAGGUCGAGUUGCUUUCCUCAUUGUCAUCUGUUGGGCCGUUCCCAUGCUUAUUUCCUUCGUUCCGAUAACGCUAGACCUCCAUAUCGCUGGUGUUCACAUCCUGCUCCCUCAAGACGUAUGUGUUUUCUUAGUCAAUCGCAUAUACGCCGUCAUGGCUUCCUUGAUAGCCUUCUACUUGCCCAUGGCUAUCAUGCUGGUCGCCUACUGGAAGAUAUUCAAGGUAGCCAGGCGGCAGGCAAGGCAGAUCAGUGCCAUGGAAAGCCAGAUGGCCGCUGGAGUGGGAAAAGACUCGAGCAAAAAGAAAAAGCACCGCAACAACAUGAAGAGAGAGCGAAAGGCAGCGAAAACCUUGGGCAUCAUCAUGGGAGUCUUCCUCAUCUUCUGGAUGCCAUUUUUUACUCUCAAUAUUGUGGACCCCUUUAUUGAUUACAGCACAGAAGUGAUCAUCUGGGACAUAUUUUUAUGGCUGGGAUAUAUCAACUCAUCACUAAAUCCUUUCUUGUACGGUUUCUUUAAUCGUUCCUUUCGUAAGGCAUUCCUCAUGUUCAUUGGCUGUAGGGUAUGCCAACCUGGAAUCUCCUCUGGGAUGGAACUAUCGCACACCCGGAAAGAAGCAAAUGACCGUGCCGAUAAAUAAUAAAAUGCUUUCGUGGU